CCAAGAUGCGUUGACCGGCCAACGGGCCACGCUUUCUCCUCCUCUCGUCUCCGCUUCGCGUUGGAGCAAAAGAGAGAGAGAUGCGCACGCGCGGCACCUCCUGGGACGCGCAUGGGCAAAAGCCAACGCCUUGCGGGGGAGGGAGGGGGAAAGUGUGUGUGUGUGUAGUUCUUGAAAGAGCGCGUGCGCACAAGCGUGCCGAGGGAGCGGUUGGGCGGAGCGGAUGGAGCCCUCCCACCGGCGGUCGCUGCCGCAUUUGCCGCGCUCCGACCACGACCAGGCGCACCCUAGAGGAAUCUGUCCCGGCCCUGUUCAGAUGGAGCCAGAUGUCAAUCCAGAAGAUGAGAAACAGCAUCGGAGAAGUACCCAAAGAAGGUCCUCACAAGUCCCACGGGAAGAAAGUGAAGUCCCCGCUCCCUCUUCUUUUAAGCCGCUGUGCCCGGCAAAACCCUCCCCCAGUUUUUUGGAACUCCCAUCCACUCAGUGGAGGCCUUGCCCAGGUGGGCCGUAUUCCCAGGCAGCCAGGAGAGGGAAAGGAAAGAGGCAUUUCUCACCUGAACAUCAGCCACAGGAAUGCCUGGGUCUCCUCGAGUGCAUGCACAACAACAUCCAGACCCAAACGCAGAUUGCACAGGCUCAGCUGUCUCUCCUCGAAGACAUGCAGGAUUCCCUGAACGUCCUCCUAUCCAGGCAGGAGAAACGAAAACCUGAAUUUGUGGGGCAGACAGAAGAACGGGCCCCCAAGGGAUCAGCCUCCUCUCCCCCCAUCAGCUAGUAGGAUGUAAAAAGACGACCCCCUUUGUCCAGUUGAAAGAUGUCUUGUGGUAAUCAUGUACCUCUUACCUCACACGAAAGAGCAAUGUACAUUUCCCCCUAUAUUAGCCGAUGCUGUGGGACUUCAGCUUUUCUGUCCUGGCUUGGCAGUGCUACAGACAAGAGGGUGCUGGAAAAUAAAUACGGUUCUUAUCA